AUGGCUGAUUCCAAACCUACAACUAGCAUGAGAUGCCAUCAUUGUGCUGGUCCUCUUUCUAAGGAGAUGGAAACUAGCGGGUGGACCGUUCCACCUCUUAUUAGGGAUAGCUUUUCUAUGAUUGGCUCUGCGGUUGGUGGCACAGCAAGUGCUUUUUAUGGAUUCAACCAUGUAGCUCGUCAUCUUAUGGCCAUUGUUUGUAUUGUAAUAUGCAUUCAGCUCUUCCAAAAACAUUGA